CUAUACCAUUUCCAGCUUUCUCCCCGUUCAGAAUAACAGAAAUCCAGUUCAUCAUCCUCUUUCUCUCUCAGUGUUCAUAUAUUUCAGUUCAAGAUGAGAGAAUGCAUCUCAAUCCACAUCGGUCAAGCUGGUAUUCAGGUCGGCAAUUCCUGCUGGGAGCUCUACUGCCUCGAACACGGUAUACAGCCUGAUGGACAAAUGCCUGGUGACAAAACCGUCGGCGGAGGAGACGACGCCUUCAACACUUUCUUCAGCGAAACCGGAGCAGGCAAACACGUUCCUAGAGCUGUUUUCGUCGAUCUCGAACCUACAGUCAUUGAUGAAGUCCGAACUGGUACUUAUCGUCAGUUAUUUCACCCUGAGCAACUCAUCAGCGGCAAGGAAGACGCCGCUAACAACUUCGCUCGUGGCCAUUAUACAAUUGGUAAAGAGAUUGUUGAUCUCUGCUUGGAUCGGAUAAGGAAAUUGGCUGAUAACUGCACCGGCCUGCAAGGUUUUCUAGUCUUUCAUGCCGUGGGAGGCGGAACUGGAUCUGGUCUUGGUUCGUUGUUGCUGGAGAGAUUAUCAGUUGAUUAUGGAAAGAAAUCGAAGCUUGGAUUCACAGUAUAUCCAUCUCCGCAAGUUUCAACCUCUGUUGUUGAGCCUUACAACAGCGUUCUAUCAACUCAUUCCCUUCUCGAACAUACUGAUGUUUCGAUUCUACUAGACAACGAAGCAAUUUACGAUAUCUGCAACAAAUCACUCGACAUAGAGAAACCAUCAUACACCAAUCUUAACAGGCUUGUUUCUCAAGUCAUCUCUUCUUUAACAGCCUCCCUUAGAUUCGACGGAGCACUCAAUGUCGACGUUACAGAGUUCCAAACCAAUCUCGUUCCUUAUCCUCGCAUUCACUUCAUGCUUUCAUCAUACGCACCUGUCAUCUCUGCAGAGAAAGCAUACCAUGAACAGCUUUCAGUUGCUGAAAUCACCAACAGCGCCUUUGAACCGGCUUCUAUGAUGGCGAAAUGUGAUCCCCGUCAUGGGAAAUACAUGGCUUGUUGUUUGAUGUACAGAGGAGAUGUUGUUCCUAAAGAUGUGAAUGCUGCAGUGGCUAUGAUUAAAACGAAAAGAACGAUUCAAUUCGUGGAUUGGUGCCCGACUGGUUUUAAAUGUGGUAUAAACUAUCAACCACCAACUGUGGUUCCAAAUGGUGAUUUGGCGAAAGUUCAGAGAGCUGUUUGUAUGAUUUCGAAUUCGACGAGUGUAGCGGAAGUGUUUUCGAGGAUUGAUCAUAAGUUUGAUUUGAUGUAUGCUAAACGGGCGUUUGUGCAUUGGUAUGUUGGUGAAGGAAUGGAAGAAGGUGAAUUUUCAGAAGCUCGAGAGGAUUUGGCUGCUUUGGAGAAGGAUUAUGAAGAAGUUGGUGCUGAAGGUGGUGAUGGUGAAGAUGAUGAUGAAGGAGAGGAAUACUGAUUGAUUGUUUUUGUUCUUCUUCAUGUUUGUUUAACCAAAACUAACUCAUUGGUUUUAAGCAUUUUAGUAAUGUUUUCUUUGAAUGGCUAAGGCUAGUUUCUUGUUUUUUGUUAACCCUUGUCAAACAUUUU